ACAAAAUGAAGGAUAAAAAUCUGCUUAACAUUGUGGUUAAGUAUACACAAAAGGUUAAAGCGUGGAAGUCACGCGCUGUAGGAAAGCCACGUGCGACAAAACCGUCCACUCUGUAAAAGGUGUGAAACGAAGAAAAAAAUAUAAAGAAAAACAAAGUUUGCUUUAUCAUCGAAAAAUUUACCGUUGUGGAUGGCCACGUGUCAGAACGGUAGUCCACUUGUCCCCUUCACUCUUCUCUUUGGAUUCUCUUCAGUAUUCCUUGUUUGUAUGCUGAGGUUUAGUCCGUUUUUAAGCCAAAGAAAAUUCCAUUAUUCUCCCUCUCUUCGUUUUCUCUCUCUUCCCCGUGAUUUCAUCAUCGUCUUCCUCAAUUCACCGGCGAAGGAAAAACCAGAGAUGGGUUUGAAGAACAGAGUUUGAUAUCAAUGAUGUUGAAUUUCUCUACAAUAUUCUCAUCAAUUACCUUCACAUUACUUCUAUUUUCCAUUUCCAAUACUGUCAUUGUCGAUUUCAUCGCCACCGUCGCUGCCGCGGCCGAAUUUGACUUCGGCACUGUUGAACUCAGUAGUUUGAAGCUACUCGGCGAUGCCCACUUGAACAACGGGAGCGUGAGGCUCACUCGGGACCUUGCGGUCCCAAAUUCCGGCUCCGGUAGAGUCCUUUACGCUAAACCUAUCAGAUUCCGACAGCCGGGGAUUAAUUACCUCGCUAGUUUCUCCACAUUUUUCUCAUUCUCCAUUACUAAUCUCAACCCGUCGUCGAUCGGCGGUGGUUUGGCGUUUGUUAUAUCCCCGGACGCUGAAACGCUCGGCGGCGCUGGUGGGUUGUUGGGGUUGGCUGACGAGAGGGGAUUGGGAUUCGUGGCGGUGGAAUUUGAUACGUUAAUGGACGUGGAAUUUAAGGACAUUAAUGGAAACCAUGUGGGAUUGGAUCUGAACGAAAUGGUUUCGUUAGAGGUUGAAGAUCUUCAGGGAAUUGGAGUCGAUCUUAAAAGCGGCGAUACGGUGAAUUCAUGGAUUAAAUACGACGGGUCGGCUCGGAUCUUCGAAGUAUUUGUUUCUUAUUCGAAUUUGAAACCGACAGAACCUCUAAUGUCGUUCAAUCUCGACCUUGAUCCGUAUUUGAACGAUUUUAUGUACGUUGGAUUUUCCGGUUCGACACAGGGGAGUACGGAAGUUCACAGUGUGGACUGGUGGAGCUUUACGUCGUCAUUUGACUCAGAUUCGUCAUCAGGGUCGGUUCCGCCGCCGCCAACGACGACGCUGAUGAACCCAACGGCAAAUGUCGUUCGUUCACCGCCGCCGUCGCAACCGCCAUCCGGUUCAGAUUCCAUCACGCAAAAGAACUCCAAGUCCACGUCCUGCCACAAUGGGCUCUGCAAGCAAGGCGCUGGCGCGGUGGUCGGAGUUGUGACGGCGGGGGCAUUUGUUCUAGCAUUAUUCGCCGGCGCGUUAAUUUGGGUAUAUUCCAAAAAGAUCAAGCGGGUUAAAAAAUCGGAUUCCCUCGCUUCAGAAAUCAUCAAAAUGCCUAAGGAAUUCACUUACAAGGAGCUCAAAAUCGCCACCAAAUGCUUCAAUUCGAACAGAAUCAUCGGCCAUGGAGCUUUUGGGACUGUUUAUAAAGGGAUUCUUCCGGAAACCGGCGACAUUGUGGCGGUGAAACGGUGUAGCCAUAGUACACAAGGGAAAAAUGAAUUCCUAUCUGAACUUUCAAUCAUCGGAACUCUCCGCCACCGGAAUUUAGUCCGUCUUCAAGGAUGGUGUCACGAGAAAGGCGAAAUUUUACUCGUUUACGAUUUAAUGCCAAAUGGGAGUUUAGAUAAAGCUCUAUUCGAGGCUAGAACACCGCUGCCGUGGCCUCACCGGAGAAAAAUCCUUCUGGGCGUCGCUUCCGCUUUAGCCUAUUUGCAUCAAGAAUGUGAAAAUCAAGUCAUUCACAGGGACGUUAAAACCAGCAACAUAAUGUUGGAUGAAGGAUUCAAUGCCCGAUUAGGCGAUUUCGGAUUAGCCCGACAAGUAGAGCACGAUAAAUCCCCAGACGCCACCGUCGCGGCUGGCACAAUGGGUUACCUAGCGCCGGAAUAUCUCCUCACCGGACGAGCUACGGAAAAAACCGACGUGUUUAGCUUUGGCGCCGUCGUUCUCGAAGUGGCUAGUGGCAGACGGCCGAUUGAGAAAGAGACCACCGCAGUUGGCGGCGGCGGAAAAUUUGGUGCCAACAGUAAUUUGGUGGACUGGGUUUGGAGUUUACACCGGGAAGGACGGUUGUUGACGGCAGCUGACGGAAGACUGGGCGGCGAGUUUGAGGAAUCAGAAAUGAGGAAAGUUUUGUUAGUUGGGUUAGCUUGUUCUCACCCGGAUCCAAUGACCCGACCCACAAUGAGAGGCGUAGUGCAAAUGUUAAUCGGUGAUUCGGAGAUUCCGAUCGUGCCUCGGUCUAAACCGUCAACGAGCUUCAGUACCGCUCAUUUGCUUCUCACUCUACAAGACAGCGUGUCCGAUCUCAACGGCAUGAUAGCCAUCUCCACUUCCUCCUCCUCUGAGCAUAGCUUCAAAGGGGAGGAUUUAAUUUCACUCGACGAUCGGACGGUGGGAAACCCAUCCAUUGUUUGAAUCAUUAUCCACUCAUCAUACGGUACAUAUAUUUUCACAUAAAAAUUAAAUUAUUGUAUUUUUCAAUCUUAUCCAAUAUUAUUUUUUAAAAUUAAUGUAUGACACAAUAACUAUAGGCAUCAGCCAGCAUUCUCAGUUA